AAUACCGGAAACGCCGAUCAUAUGACCGGAAGUUAAAAUACGGAUGUGCUUUGUUUUUGUUUUACAGGCAGCUCUCAGAUGAACCAUCAUUUGUAGAUGUAGUUUUAAACCUGUAGCGUAGAAAGACGGAGGUCGAGAGACAAGCACCGUGUGGACCUCAGUUCUUUCGUCUUGAUCAUCAUCAUCACCAUGGUGGAGCCCACAGCAUCCGGUGUGUUCUGCAGCAGGAUGCUGAGCAUGGUGAACUCUGAGGACGUUAACGCCAUCAUCCAGGCUCAGAGACACAUGCUCGACCGCUUCGAGAAAACCAACGAAAUGCUGAUCAACUUCAACGGGCUGUCAAACGUGCGAUUGCAGCAGAUGAACGAGCGCUUCCUGCUCCACACCCGCACACUUGUGGAGAUGAAGAAAGAUCUGGACAGCGUCUUCAGAAGGAUCAGGACGCUAAAAGGGAAGAUUGCCAAGCAGUACCCAGAAGCCUUCAGCAAUAUCCACGAGGCACCGAUCCUGGAGGACGACGACGACGAGUUCGACCCAGUGCCCCGCAGCGUUGCCACGACAAUUACAACAGCCACCUCAGAGCAGAGCACGGAGUCGUGUGACACGAGUCCAGAUGUGAUCUCACCCACUGUGAGCAGAUGCUCUGAAGAUCUCUCUCAAGAGCCGCCUGACACGCCCACCUCCGACGUCCUAGAGCCGGGCGUCCUACGGGACGAAGGGCCUGACUCUGUAUCUGCAGAAUAGAGCGGACAGUUUGUGAAUGGAUUUUUUUUUUUUUAGCCGGAAGUCAUGUUGUAUAUUUGAAUCUUUGUUGGCUUCUGCAAUAUUUGCUGACUUUUCCAGUCAUUAAUCCAUUCGUUGGAAAGAGCCUCACAGCCUUGAUGGUCUCUGAGGAUGCUCAGCAUGCUUAUUCAUCCUAAUGCCUGCACAGCACAUAAAUAAUGCAGAUAAUACUUGAAGUUGUAUAGUAUCUCACUAUGGAUAUAUCUGUCAAAAUGCUUUCACUCAUCAUGUGAUUUUAAGCCUAUGUGUUUUGGUGUUUUGAAGAGAUCCACACCUGACUGAGAGAAGAAGUGUCACAUGAUGUCUCUCAUGAUUUAUGUGACUUGAAAGUAAAUGUUGUCAAACUGAAUGUUAGUAGUUAGAGUGUGCGAGUAGUUAAUACUGUUGUGUCAUAGCUGUUACACCAUUAUUAUUCUUGACCUCUGAAAAGCAGGGGUACGAAUGAUUUCACAGAAUUUAAUCUGAAACUUUACUGGUCUUUUUUGCCAAAAACCUUUCCCCCUCCAUCACAGGGAGGCCAGACAUUCGGUUCAUUGUUAGUUCUCUGUGUCCCUGGAGCCGGCAGGGAUUCAGAAAACUGUUCAAGGACAUAAAGGAGGUAAACUUGCUCUUAGAGCUGCAAUGUUAUGUUCCGACCACUCUGCCAAGCUGCUACUGAUUAAAGAUGCAGUUUAUGUUUAAAGGGUAAAAUCCAACCAAAAACUGACUGAAUUUGUUAUUUCUGUCUUAUUUUUUUACAGUGGUAAUAAAGCAACUCCAAGCACAA